CAAAGCCCUCUCCUAACUAGCUGCUGAUCAAACCUUUGCAAAUUUGAAAUAAACGAUCAACUACAAGGUUGUAAAUCGUAAUUAAGUUACUCCAGAAAAGAUCUUCAGUAUAAUCUUUCCCAGAAAAAAUUCUCUCUUUCUUCCUUUAACACACUUUCUUUAAACAAUGAGCAACGAACAAGAAAUUAUAAAUUCCAACGGAAAAUUAUCUUCAAUUCUUAACCCAACUCCAACUAUCGAUACGAGCGGUCAAGAAACUUCUCAAGAAACUCAAAAUAAAGAAACGACUACAACUAACGGCAGCGGAAAAACUUCACAAAAAAUCAAAAAAGAAUCCAAAAAUUCUAAAGAACCAUCUUCUACCAAAAACGAAGGUUCUACUACUACAAAGACUACAACGAAACAAGCGGCAACUAAAGGUUCUAAACAAUCUAAAACAACUUCAUCCAAAAGUUCAGCAGCAGCUUCUUCCAAAAGCAAAACUUCUAAAAGCUCACGUAAGAGACCUCUUUCCCCUUCGGAUUCAGAAGAAGGAAGAGAACCUUCACAAGAGCUUGAAAGAUGUCAACAUCCUAAACAUGAUGAAUAUAUGAAAAAUAAACCCCCUUCUUUGGUUGUUAAUAAUAAACGGGCCAAACUUGAUAAGCCACCUAAAUUAGUUGGUAUGCCUAAAAGAUUAGAAGGUGUAUUGAAUAUAGAUCGUGGCACUAAAAUGUGCAGUCGAUGUAUCAAUCAAACUGAUAAAGACCCACAGUAUACUUCACAUAAGAAGUAUGUCUCACGUAAGUCUGUUUACAAGAAGAACGAACGUUCAAGGCUCAUGAUCGACAUGACCGGUAAAUAAUGAGCCACGUAUUCACUUUGAUUUUAGCUUUACUUGUUAAGAAGCAAUGGAAUGAUUCACAAACAAAGCCCACUUUUAAGCUUCUGCGUAAAAAUAAAAAUUUUAAUGAAAGAAUGUUUUUUGCAUCCUUUUAAAUUUUUCUUCUUUUUCUACCUUUAUUAUAUAAUUCUUUUAUUAUAUUUUUCAUUCAUUUUUUUUUUUACAUUUAUAAAUAUUAGAAUUUGCUUAUAAUGCAUAUGAAUAUCAAUAUUCUCUUUCCUACGCUUGUAUACAAUAUAAUAAAAACAGUAUAAUUACAAAAAGUCGUCACAUUGUCAUGUUGUAUUGUUUUAUCAGUGUAUCAACUUUUAAUAAAUAUGUUUGUAAGGUUAAAAU